CUGACCCAGUACCCACCGAGUAUUUAUCUCCAUGUGAGCCUUCUCCAUGUGGUACUAAUGCUGUUUGUAAAGAACUAAACGGUGCUGGCUCAUGUAGUUGUCUGCCUGGAUUUGAAGGAAAUCCUUAUGAUGGAUGUAGAUAUGAAUGCACACUCAAUACCGACUGCGCGUCUAAUAAAGCGUGUAUUAGAAAUAAAUGCCAAAAUCCUUGUCCUGGAUCUUGUGGACCAAAUGCAGAGUGUUUAGUAAUAAAUCAUCUUCCUACGUGCACAUGUUAUAAUGGUUACACAGGAGAUCCUUUCAAAUACUGUAAUUUGAUUCCUUCUCAAGUUGUACAGUCUGAGCCCAAUACUCCUUGUGUUCCAUCACCAUGUGGACCUAAUAGUCAAUGUAAAGAGAUAAAUGGACAAGCCGUUUGUUCAUGUCUCCCUUUGUAUCACGGAAGUCCUCCUGGUUGUAGACCUGAAUGUGUAUUAAGUUCUGAAUGCAGUAAUAUUCACGCAUGCAUUAAUCAAAAAUGUGUCAACCCAUGUCCGGGACCUUGCGGUUCAAAUGCUAUUUGCAAAGUUAUAAAACACAACGCAAUAUGUUCUUGUCAAGCGGGGUAUCAAGGCGAUCCAUUCUCUCGCUGUUACUUAAUUCCACCACCACCACCACCACCACAACAACAAGAUAUUUACAUAAACCCGUGUGUUCCAUCUCCGUGUGGUUUAUAUUCAGAAUGCAGAGAUAUUGGUGGAGUACCAUCAUGCACAUGUUUAUCACAAUAUUUCGGUAGUCCGCCAAAUUGUAGACCCGAAUGUGUGUUAAACAAUGACUGCCGAAGCAAUUUAGCAUGUAUUCGAGAGAGAUGUCAAGACCCGUGUCCAGGAUCUUGUGGUAUUGAUGCAUACUGCAAUGUUAUAAAUCAUACUCCAAAUUGUGUAUGUCGUGAAGGUUUUGUUGGAGAUCCUUUCACAUCGUGCUAUAUAAAACCAAUACAAAACAUUCCAGAACCUGUUGAAAAAGACCCAUGUAAUCCAACCCCAUGUGGAUCAAAUGCAAUAUGUAAUAAUGGCCAAUGUUCAUGUAUUAAUGAAUACUAUGGAGAUCCUUACUCAGGUUGUAGACCAGAAUGUGUAAUUAACAAUGACUGCCCUAGAGACAAGGCUUGUGUUCGUAAUAAAUGUAUAAAUCCGUGUAAAGACACAUGUGGUGAAAGUGCUAUAUGCGAUGUUUAUAACCAUAUACCGAU